AUAUUAUUUACAAUGUUAUCUAGCUUCCUCUUUGUUCACAGAAGACAAUAUACACGAUGUAGUAGGAAACAAACACAUAUGAAGAAAAAUGGCAGAACAUCAAACAUCACAUACAUUUAGAAUGUCAUCUCCCCAAGCAAACACAUUUCUGGUGCAUUGUAGUAAAUGGAAGUGUAGUCAAGAAACAGUAAAUAGUUUGUUGAGGGAAUUAAAGAUCAGAGGUCUAGUUCCACAUGACAUCCUGACAAGUCUUUCUGACGAACUUCUGAAGAACAGUCUUGCACAUGUUCUUGAAGAGGCGGCAAUAGUGUUUCAUGUGUGCGACCAUUCAAAAAAGAGGAUAAAAGAAAUCAUCAAGGAUCAUUUGCCAACUCGAAAUUUUGCUAGGACUACCGUUAUUGGUGGAGGUGGAAAAAUCGAUUUGAAAGAUUUUAAAGAAUUUACCUGCUUCCGUGUAUACAAUGAGCUUGAUGUGUAUAGAAUAGCAGAAUCUAUUGCAAAACUGUUUGGAAUUAAUAUUGAAAAUGAAGAUAACAAAUCUGAUAGUAGAAGUGAAGACGCUGUGUCUGCUCAUGCUGUUAAAACAACUACAAACAGUUACAAAGAUGCUUCAACGCGGAUAAGGAAAGGUCAGAGACAGCACGAACAACACACAAGAAUCAAAUCUAUGGAGUACCAAACAACAUCUGUAUCGGCUAGUCAAUUGAAAAGAGCUUCAGAGAUACAAUACCCAAAACGUGAUUGGACAGGAAACGACGAAAAUAGUACUGACAGUGAUGAAAAUAUACCACAGGGAGGUAUGAAUAGAUCAAGCUAUGAUGGCCACGAACAUGAAGAAUGUAAACCGCAGAUGAGAUGUAAACCUAAAAGAUCAUUUAAAACAGUAAGAAAGGAUGAUGACACACCUAGCCUCAACAUAGACAGUUUUGUUGACCACUAUCUAAUGGACGACAAAGAAGAACAUAUUGGGUCAUUCAUUAAACAAUCAUCAUCUCGCUCAUUUGUAAAAUGUGACCUGCCAAUGGAGAGAAAAUUAAGUCUUUACAUUAAAAAUCCGAUGUUUGAGGAUUAUCAGAAGGACAUUACAACUCGUAUUAUACCCCAACUUAGGAAAGAACAGGACAUUCGAAGUCUGUCUAAAUGGCUAAAUUUUGACAAUUAUAGAGUUAAAGAAAAAAUAUUAUGUGAAAUGGAAGCCCUGUUAAUCAGUGCGCCUUUAAAAUCUUCCAGCAUUAGUGAUGUAGUGCAUAUUACGGAUAAUAUUCUGAUUUGCUGUUUCCGGAAAGUUGUUGAAGCAGACGAUACCAUGUGUACACCAUUACGUGUAUUGACUUCAUGCUUGGUAAUUUUGUGGGUUUUAAAUUCAGAGACCUCGAAUACUACAGCAUAUAUUCAAGUUCAAAACAUUUCAUCAAGAGUGCAUGGGGAUCUAAAUACAAUCAAACGGAAUUCAUACACAACGGUGUCUGGUCAGAUCAACACAUUGUUGGAAUUGAUAGAGUUUUUUAGUGAACAUAGUUUCCAAAGAAAUUUCUUAGAUGAGAUUCUAACUGAACCAAACAACGACAAAGCGAUCAAAGGGUUUUCAGAACUGGAUCAUCAAAACAAGUUUCUGUACAUAUUUGUACUUAUUAAUAUGAUGUUACAGCGUUCUUCAGAAAAAAUCCCCGACUUACUGGUUGUACUGUUGAAGUUGACCUUUGAUGUAAUGGUGAAGAAGCAGAAACACAGGCAAACACUGCACCCGCUAUUAUAUAUUGUCAACAAAGGCAUAGUUCUAAGAUUGUCAAAAGGUCCAGACCAUGGGAAAAAUUGGAACAUAUCAAAACAGUCAUUGCUAACUUGCUUGAGAACAUACAUAACCAGCAGACGAAUUGACCUUCAGUGGCGAGUAAGAUUGCUUUCUUGUUUGAAUCCAUUGUUGUUUGAUGCAGAUAAAGAAAUUGUUAAGGAGGUGCUUCAAGUUUUUGAGAAAUGCGGUUUCAAGCAUAAACAGAUACGUGAUGUUAUCUUCAAACAUGUGCAAAACCUUUUGACGGCUAUCAAUUUCAGAAUGUUUUCAUACAAGAAAUAUGAAACAAGUCAAAAACCAAUGUGGUGUGAAAUUCCCGGAAAAAUUUGGAAUGAGAUGGAUGUCUCAUUGCACAUUCUUUUACCGACAGUAAAGUGCCUCACCAGUGGGUCAAUGGAGGAUUACCGAACGUCAGCGGAAAGAAAGGUGACUAUCAAACACCUCAAUAGUCUUGAAAUGAUGAGAUUAUUGCAAUAUGAAAAUAGCCACCCAAAUCUUGUAAAGCUGAUUGCUUUUCAAUAUCGACCAUUACCUUUAUAUUACUUAACCGAAAAUCACAAAAACUUACAUACACAUUUAUUGGACAAAAGACAGUACCGCAAAUAUCUGUCACGUGACAGUCUUGGAAAUAUGACGAUCAAUGUUAUAGACGCAGUACUGUUUCUACAUAGUAAAGGUAUGGUCCACAGGAAUCUUACAACUCACAGCUUCUGUAUUAAUGAACAUGGCAUUGUCAUGCUGGAAGAUUUCAGUUUGGUUAAAAUACUUCAAAAGUCGGAGAAUGGUGACAGCAAUUUCACCAAUGACGUCAAUGAUGGCGAUAUACCAGUGUUAUAUUCUGCUCCAGAAUCAGUGUUGGAAGACAAAUACGAUUUUCAGACAGAUAUUUGGAUGGUAGGUCUGCUGUUAUAUGGGAUAUAUACCCAUGGAGGUAUACCGUACACUGCCUAUGGACUUGCUACUGAACAAAUUCUAGAAUAUGUUGUUUUCCAAGAUCUGAAACCUACAAAAUGGCCUUGCAUACCGACGGAAAUUUUUAAAGCAAUUAUGGCAAGCAUGCAUAGCAGCCCCGACAGUAGGGAGGAAUUACAGCAGAUUAGAAAGUCGAUAGAUGAAUACCUAUCCGAUAGGAAUACUGACACAUUGAACCGUUUAUCGACGUUAUUUGAAAUAGACAAAAUGUAUCCACCACCUGACUGUUCAGAGCCAGAAAAGGGACUACCACAACUAUUUGUAAGAUUAAAGCAGGAUCUUAAUCCCAGAAUGUCAUAUUGUAAUUUGAGACUAAGCAAGAUACGUUCAAAUAGAUGCUGUAUAACGUUAUCUGACAUUACAGCCCCUGACACACCAGUGCGUCACGGAAACGAACAUUCGAGAUCCUUAAGAGUAGAAGAACCAGUUAAUCAAACGUUUGUAGAAGAUGAACUACCUCAAAUGACAGAAGAGCUCUGUCGAAAAGUUCUUAAGAUGGAGGCAUUACCCACAAAGAAGAAACGACUGCUAUCAUCAGAUUCAGACUAUAAAUAUGAACUUCAUUAUAAAUGUCAGAAAGGGGAGAACAUUAUUGACAUUGCCUCGAGAAACCAUUAUGGAGCACCGGGUAUUGAUUCCAUCGACAUUUUCUAUCUUGGACUGACAUAUAACCUGAUUAAGUUUGUACACAGAAUGCAUUCCCAUCAAUGGUUAUUAAGAGACCUCUGUGGAUAUUCUAUUUUUAUGGACACAAAAACUUUGACAGUUUUCAUGCCAAGAGUUGGUAGAUUCAAACGAAUAAAUUCUUUAGUAAAAUUGGAUGACUGUUUACUUGAUGAAUCUUUUCCUGACAGAUUCCGUUGGUCACCGAUAGAGGUUAUACAAAACGGACUAUACUCCAAAGAAAGUGACAUCUACAUGCUUGGAAUGACUAUUUGGGAAAUGUAUACAGCGUUAAACUUACACAGGGAGGAUCCGUCAGUGAAUCUACUGGAGGGAAAGCCUUUUGCUACCAUACCAAAGAGUGAGUUGUUAACAGAGCUCUACAGUGGUGAAGUACCAGACAUGCCCAUCAGUUGUCCGCUAUGGUUGUAUGAAAUGUUAAAAUCUUGUUGGAAUCGAAAUAGAACAUUCAGACCCUGCGCUGACCAAUUGUUAUCAGAGAUGAAAGACAGAAUCCAAAGUCAUCCUAAAAAAGAAAUGAUUAUACAAAUGGUUGAUUUGAGACGACUACCAACCUUGUUACAAGACACAAGAAAACUACCAAAGGUUCCUUCCAAUUCUUCAGACAUCUCAUUUACUAAAAUGUCAAAAGCGUGCUUGGAUGAUGAUGACGAUCCUUACCUACUGACAGUACAUUCAGAAUCAAGAUCUAAUUCACUUCAUGUGAAUAGGAGAGUACAAAAUACAAAGGUCCCUCUGUUAUCGCCAGUGAGUAAAGGAAGAAAAGAUCAAAAGAACUCGUCUGAUCAACAAGAUGAUUACCCAAAGCUUAGACAUGAACGUGGACGUAAAUAUGGCAGCUAUGAACCAUCUGGUUACUAUUUCAAUGAAUCAGAUUCCUCAUUUUUGAAUAUUUCACAAUCUGAAACUCCAAAAUCACAUGAAACUAUUUGUGAUGACAAUUUUCAAAGUAUUAUACAAGAUACCAGUCGCGAGACAUAUGAACACAGACAUAACCGUACCAUAGGACAAACUUGUGAAAGAAAGCUCUCUAGAAUUGAUAGUGGAAUCGUUGAUGAUGACUCAAAUCAGCAGUUAAAAAGUCUUCGUUUGAACUUCAAUACAGAUUCUUCAAUUUCUGAACUAAUAAAGAGUGUCUUAACAGAUCCAUCAUCAGGAUAUUCUUCAAUGUCCAAGCUGAAGGUAGAGAGUGAGGAUAACAAAUCUCCUCCAAUCCCUCCAAUUCCAGUGGGAAAAUCAGGGAAAAUCCCAGCUAUCCCAUCGUCGAAAAAACCUAUUACGAUUAAAGAAAUUAAGACAUCAGAACAGAUGAAUGACUAUGUUUCCAUGUCAUCAGUUUGCAGACAACGACCAAAGACAGAUAUAUCUGAGAGUUGUGGACCUAGUGUUAAUACUUUACAAAAAAGACAUUUGCCCUUGGAAGACACUUCAAUUAGAAGUAAAGAUGACAUGGAUACUGAUGAGUUUAGUCAUAGUUUAAUUAGGUUUAGUAGCUGUAAUCUGUUAAAGUUUGAACGAGAACUGUCAAAUGCAAGAUCUAGCUAUGUUUAAGAAUUUCAUGAAAGAAGAGGUAUAAAUAAGAUAAAUAACACUUACAACUUAAUUUCUAAUUUUGAAUGUGUUAUUAUGUUGAAUUAAAUAUUUGUUUUUGAGCAGGAAUUAAUCAAAGUCUAAUUAGGUAAAAAUAGAAAAGCUACUCUGAAUUUCUGGUCAACUACAGCAAAUCAUACAUUUACUGAAUUGACGAGUUAAUCUUUUUUCCUAUUGAAGUUUUGUUCAAGUUUAAAAAAAUAAUACUCAAUUCUUUUAAAUCAAUAAUUUAAUAGCCUUGUAUUUUAAAGUAUUUUUACACUCAAAAGCAAUGCAACAUAAAAAAAUUAUUUUUAUAAUAUACAUUUGUUCAGAAAUUUUGAUGAACAAAAGCAAGGCAUUUAUUAAAUAGGUAACCCAAUUUUCAAAUUUAGACAUUUAAAAAAAAUUUGUUACAAAAGUUCCAAUAGUUUCAAAAUGGAAUGCAUCAAAUUAAAAAUAUAUGAUUCAUUUUCUAAAUAAUAAAUAUAAAAGAAGAUGUGGUGUAUAUCAAUGAUCAAUUAUCCUAAAGACAGCUAAAAAGUUUGAUAAUCUAAGCAAAAUAAUCAGUUACAAUGGUUCUUUGCAUUAAAUUUUCUGAAUUGGAAAUUUUUAUAGGAUUUGCUACAACUUUAAAAACUUGUACUUAUAAUAUAAUCAUUAUUUGUAUAACCAUAUUAAGCAGACAACAACUAAACACUGUGUUCAUGGCAUAGAGUCACAAAACAUAAACCAUUAAAAAUUCCAUUGUCAAACUGUCUUGAAACAUGUAUAUACAAACUGUUUAUAAAAAAAUCAUAUUUUCAAUAAUAUUUUGUUUGACUGUUAACCUAAUGAGCAUUUACACUAUUUUUUUGUUAUUCAACAAUAAACAUGACAUAUUU